AUGCCGGUCGUUAAUGUCGACGACUUAGUCCGCCUGCAGCGGAAACCUGACGACAUACGAAACAUCUGCAUUCUUGCGCACGUUGACCAUGGAAAAACUUCAUUGACAGACAGCCUUAUCGCUACUAAUGGCAUCAUCUCGCCAAAAUUGGCGGGUAAGAUCCGCUACCUGGACUCUCGUCCUGACGAGCAGCUCCGAGGUAUUACAAUGGAAUCAUCGGCUAUCUCCCUGUUCUUCUCGAUGCUUCGUCGUCCUGCACCGGACGCAGCUCCCGUGGCCAAGGAGUAUCUGAUCAACUUGAUCGAUUCCCCGGGUCACAUUGACUUUAGCAGUGAAGUAUCUACAGCGUCUCGACUUUGUGAUGGUGCCGUUGUUCUUGUUGAUGCUGUUGAGGGUGUCUGUUCCCAGACAGUGACUGUGCUUCGACAGUCCUGGGUCGAGAAGUUGAAGCCGAUUUUGGUUAUUAACAAGAUGGAUCGACUUGUCUCGGAACUUAUGAUGAGCCCUAGUGAAGCCUAUGCACACCUCAGUAGGCUCCUUGAGCAAGUCAAUGCUGUGAUUGGUAGUUUCUACCAAGGCGAGCGAAUGGAGGAUGAUUUGCAGUGGCGCGAGCGAAUGGAAGACCGUGUCAAUGUUGCUGCUAGUAAAUCCAAGAAACAAGCCUUGGACGAUGAAUCUGUCGCGAGUAUCAGCGAGGCCACCGAGUUUGAAGAGCGUGAUGAUGAAGAUCUUUACUUUGCUCCGGAGAAGAACAACGUCAUCUUCUGUAGCGCUGUUGAUGGCUGGGCUUUCACGAUCCGGCAAUUCGCCGCUAUCUACGAGAAGAAACUCGGAAUCAAACGUACGGUGCUUGAGAAGGUCCUCUGGGGCGACUUUUACCUAGACCCAAAAACCAAGCGAGUUUUGGGCCAGAAGCAUCUGAAGGGCCGGGCGUUGAAACCUAUGUUCGUUCAGUUGGUUUUGGAUAGCAUCUGGGCUGCCUACGAAGCAACCACGGGCGGUGGAAAAGGAAAAGGCGAUCCUGUCCUUCUGGAGAAGAUCACAAAGUCGUUGAACAUCACCAUUCCGCCAUAUGUUCUACGCUCUCGUGAUCCUAGAAACAUUAUGAGCACGCUAUUCUCAGCUUGGCUUCCACUAUCUACAGCUGUUCUGGUUUCUGUCAUUGAAUAUCUCCCAAGUCCUCAAGCCGCACAAGCUGAACGGUUACCAGAACUGAUUGAGUCAUCUCAUGGCUCCAAGCACGUCUCUGAAAAUGUCAAAGAAGCUAUGAUCAACUUCAAGACUGGCCCCGAAGAGCCUGUCGUGGCAUAUGUUAGUAAGAUGGUGGCGAUACCUGAGAGUGAGUUGACAGCAAGCAAAAAGCGCAGUGGAGCUACUAUGACUGCAGAUGAGGCUCGAGAAAUUGCCCGUCGCAAGCGGGAGGAAAUCGCAAAGAUGCAGGCGGAAGCCAAUGCAGGGCAGACGGAUGACUUUGCCCGAAUGACAUCGGCAUUUGAGAAUACUUCGUUGAUCAGGGAGGUAGACGAACCAGAGAAGGAACAAGCCGAGAAGGAAGACCCUGAUCACCUUAUCGGUUUUGCUCGACUCUAUUCAGGAACUCUUUCUGUUGGAGAUUCCAUCUAUGUGCUGCCACCGAAGUUUUCUCCAUCCAACCCACACGCCAGUCCGGAGCCCAGAAAGGUCACCGUUACAGACCUGUAUCUACUCAUGGGCCGAAGUCUCGAGCCCCUUCAGUCGGUUCCGGCGGGCGUUGUCUUUGGUAUUGGAGGUCUUGCAGGUUAUGUGCUCAAAACAGGUACACUCUGCAGUCAGCUAGAAGGAAGUGUCAACUUGGCUGGUGUCUCCCUCAAUACUCCCCCCAUUGUGCGUGUCGCUCUGGAGCCAGUUAAUCCGGCUGACCUGGGCAAAAUGGUUACUGGUCUUCGCCUUCUUGAACAGAGUGACCCAUGUGCCCAGUACGAGGUUCUUCCCAGCGGUGAACAUGUUAUUCUCACUGCUGGUGAAUUGCACCUCGAGCGCUGUGUGAAAGAUCUUCGUGAACGGUUUGCCCGGUGUGAGAUUCAGACUGGCGAAGCUAUUGUGCCCUACCGAGAGACGAUUGUCAACGCUCCCGAGAUGGCUGCUCCGAAGAACCCUGAGCUGGGCCGUGGAACAGUGUUGUCAGUAUCUCCAUCUAAACAGAUGACACUCCGUCUGCGGGUUGUUCCACUCCCAGAGGUAGUCACCGAGUUCCUUAUCAAGCAGGCUGGUACCGUCAAACAGCUCCAGUUACAAAAGCGUGCCGAAGCAACAAAAUCCGACGAACCUUCCUCAGAAAAUGCCACUCCAGCCAUAUCAGCAGAAGUUGAUGCUGCCGAUGAAGCGCUCGAGGGUGCCGUCCUCUCGCUGAAUGAAUUCCGUGAAGAGUUGAGCAAGGUAUUUGACGAAGAAGUGAAGGAGGAUAAGGAGCUAUGGAAGAAUGUUGUCGACAGAAUCACAGCCUUCGGACCCCGAAGAACAGGUCCUAACAUCCUCGUUGAUGCUACUGCUGUCAACACCUGUGAGAAAUUUUUACUCGAUGAGCCGAAACAAAACUCUGCUGUUUCAUCCGAUGACAACACUGCUCAGCAAGCUCUCCUCGUACGCGAUUUCAACGAUAAGAUCGCAUACGCCUUCCAGCUCGCCACAGGCCAAGGUCCUCUCUGCCAAGAACCCAUGCAAGGUGUCGCCGUCUUCCUGGAAGAUAUCUCCGUGCAAGCCGCCAAAGAAGAGCUGGACAUGGGUCGUCUAACUGGAGACUCAAUCAGAAUGGUCCGUGAAGGAAUUACCCAGGGAUUCCUAGACUGGAGUCCUAGAAUCAUGCUUGCGAUGUACAGCUGUGAAAUCCAAGCAACAACCGAGGUCCUGGGUCGUGUCUACGGUGUUAUCACCCGUCGCCGAGGCCGAAUCCUCUCCGAAAUCAUGAAAGAAGGAACCCCCUUCUUUACCAUCAUCGCUGUUCUCCCUGUUGCCGAGUCCUUCGGAUUCGCCGAGGAGAUUCGCAAGCGCACUUCAGGUGCCGCUCAGCCACAACUUAUCUUUGCAGGUUUUGAGGCCCUAGAUGAGGAUCCCUUCUGGGUUCCCGCUACCGAGGAGGAGCUGGAGGAUCUGGGUGAGCUUGCGGAUCGUGAGAAUGUUGCGAAGAGAUAUAUGGAUGCUGUGCGAAACAGGAAGGGACUUGUUGUCCAGGGACGGAAAUUGAUUGAUGCGGAGAAGCAGAAGACGCUGAAGAAGUAG